AUGGCCGGCCCGGGCCCCCCCCCGGGCUGGGGGCACCGCCUCGUCCUCCUGGGGGUCCUGCUGGGGGUCCCCCCGCCGGGGACGGCAGGGCCACCGUCCCAUGGAGAACGUGUCACCCCACAGUGGCUCCUGGGGGGCCGCAGCAGACGAGCCGUGAGCCUGCAGGAACAGGUGCCGGCGCCUGCCCGGGCAGAGGUGGCUGUGAAGGCUGAGGGCAAAGAGCUCAUCCUGGUGCUGGAGAGGAACCAGCUGCUGGCUCCGGGAUACUCGGAGACUCACUACAGCGGGGACGGACAGCCCGUGACCGUGACCCCCAACCACACGGAGCACUGUCACUACCACGGCCACGUCCGCGGCUACGGCGGCUCCUGGGUUGUCCUCAGCACCUGCUCGGGAAUACGGGGUCUCAUAGUGCUAAGCAGCAACACCAGCUACUACCUGAGCCCCCUGGACCCCCCCGAGCUGGGGCACCACGUCAUCCACAGAGCAGAGCACCUGCCCAUCCCAGCUGGCACCUGUGGGCACGGGGAUGAUUUUGGGAGCACCGUGGCCGACAUUGCCCAGCUCUUCCAACCGGGGCACCACCAGGUGAGGAGAGAUGCCUGGAGGACCAUGAAGUACAUGGAGCUCUUCAUUGUUGCCGAUCACACACUGUACAGGAACCAGAACCUCAACCUGGGCCAGACCAAGCAGCGCAUCGUGGAGAUCGCCAACUACGUGGACAAGUUUUACAGGCUGCUGAACAUCAAGGUGGCCCUGAUCGGGCUGGAGGUGUGGACGGAGCGGGACCACUGCGCCGUCACCAGCGACGCCAACGCCACGCUCUGGGCCUUCCUGCAGUGGAAGAAGUCGCUGAGGUCCCGCAAGAAGCACGACAACGCCCAGCUCCUCACAGGGAAGACGUUCGGGGGGACGACCAUCGGAAUGGCCCCGCUGGAGGGGAUGUGCAGCAUGGAUAACUCCGGAGGUGUCAGCGUGGACCACGCGGAGCAGCCCAUUGGAGCCGCCGCCACCAUGGCCCACGAGAUCGGCCACAACUUCGGGAUGGUCCACGACACCCAGGGCUGCUGUGUGGAGGCCACCCCAGAGCAAGGGGGCUGUGUCAUGGCAGCAGCCACGGGACACCCCUUCCCUCGCGUGUUCAGCUCCUGCAGCAAGAGGCAGCUGGAAAACUACUUCCAGAAGGGAGGUGGGAUGUGCCUCUUCAACCUGCCCGACACCAAGGACCUGGUGGUGGGACGGAAAUGUGGCAACGGCUUUCGGGAGGAAGGAGAAGACUGUGACUGUGGGGAGGUGGAGGAGUGCACCAACCCCUGCUGCAACGCUCACAACUGCACGCUGAAGGAGGGGGCCCAGUGUGCCCACGGGGACUGCUGCCACAACUGCAAGCUGAAGGCGGCCGGGACGAUGUGCCGGGAAGCAGCGGGAUCCUGUGACCUCCCAGAAUAUUGCACUGGUGCCUCUCCCUACUGCCCAGCCAACGUGUACCUCCUGGAUGGCUCCUCCUGUGCCUAUGGAGAGGCCUAUUGCAACAACGGGAUGUGCAUGACCCACCACCAGCAGUGUGUCCAGCUCUGGGGACCAGGUGCCUGGCCAGCUCCAGAUGCCUGUUUCCAGGAUGUGAACAUGGCUGGGAACACCUACGGCAACUGUGGCAAGGACAGCCAAGGGCGCUACGUCAAGUGUGACAAGAGGGACGCCAUGUGUGGAAAGAUCCAGUGCCAGAGCUCGGCCAAGAAGCCCCAGGGGACCAACACGGUGUCCAUCGACACCACGAUCCGCUUCAACGGGCGUGAGGUGAAGUGCAGGGGCACCUACAUGUACACGGCCAGGGACGACGAGGACGACCUGUCCGACCCCGGGCUGGUGAUGACAGGGACCAAGUGUGGAGAUGGGAUGGUUUGCAAGGACCGCCGGUGCCAGAACGCCUCCCUUUUUGAGCUGGAAAAGUGCGUUUCCCGGUGCAACGGCCACGGGGUCUGCAACAGCAACAAGAACUGUCACUGUGACGCCGGCUGGGCUCCCCCCUACUGCCAGGAGCCGGGGCUGGGGGGCAGCGUGGACAGCGGCCCCGUGCAGCCCAACAACCACGAGGCCGCUUUGAUCGCCCUCCUCGUCGUCUUCCUCUUCCUCCUCCCGGCCCUGACCAUGAGCAUCUACUACUGGUACCGCAGGGAGAACUCCCUCCUGAAUAAAUGGAUAAAGGAGAUGAGGAAGAGGAGCCAGGAGGCCUACAGGAACAAAUCCAUCGGUCGGAAGUCGAGCAAUGGCCACCCCAAAGCUGCCUUCACCUUGAGGAACAUUUCCACCUCCAGCCACACCGAUAAAGUGGUCCCAAAGCAGCAGCCCCCGCGUCGGCCCCUCCCUGGGAGUCCUCUCCUGGCCAAGGAGCUGCCUCCUGCCCACGGACAGACCCUGCUGGUCAUGGUCCCUCCUACCAACUUCCAGCCGGCGGGGACGAGCGCCACGAGCCACCCCAUGAGGCCCCUGAAACCGAUGCCACCUCAAAGGCCAGUCCCAGCCAUCAAAGUCCAAUCAACCUCCUUCCCCUCCAAGAAGUGACAAUCCAAGGCCACCUGAAGCCCGUCCUUCCUGAGCUGGCUCUCCUGAUUUGCACUGCUCUGCCCACGGGGGUCCUUCAUUCCCCUCCUUUUAUUUGUCUUUUGAUACCAGAGGACUAUUUUUAUAAGACAGAAUUUGUAUUCAGCACAAAAACUGGGGGGGGUGGGGGUGGGGAGGAGAGGGGAAACUGGUACUAUGACUUCACUGAAGGUUGGAGGUGGGGUUUCCACGGUGGACAUUCCAUCCUGGCAUUGCUUCCUGGCCAAUUUGCCUCCCAGCUUUGGUUUCUCCCUGACGUUGCACAUGGGCUGGGCUGGGGCGACCUGGGGGGCACGAGGACAUCCAACACUGAUGGAAGAUGCUGGUGACAGUGUAAUGUCCUUCUAGCUACCUCCUCCUUCUCCUCCAGGCCUGGUGAGACCCCCCCCCUCCACCACCACCCACUGCCACCAGAGCUCCAUGCCGGGGCGUCCUCUCCAGGGAGGCAUUUGCCACGAGAGAAACACGAUUUCCAGCUUGGAUUGGGACAUUUCCACAAAGGAUCCAAGUUCUCGGGCUCCUCCUGCCCCUCCUGUCCGAUUGCACGAGGUGACAACCCUGGGGUCACCUGGAAGGAGCAGCCUCCUGGGAAGUGUUUCAAUGCCUCAAGUGCUGGUGGCACCAGCGGGUCACCAGGGUGCUUUCAGGGGGCUCAGGAGCCCCCCCACAAACGUUGCCUGUUCCCUGCUCGUGGGCCAAGCCCAGCAGUGGCUCCUGGAGCUGCUGAUACUCUGCUGUCCCAACGGGAUGAGGAGCAGGAAAACCUCCUGCCCGUGUCAUUGGCUUGUCCAGAGGCCUCGGCCGAGCCGCUGCAUUUCUCUGUGCCUCAGUUCCCCCCGUGUGGAAAGGGGGGGGUGAUAACCUACCUCACAGGGGUGUUGUGAGGUUGAACAAACUCAUGUCUUGAAAGGGCUUUACAAUCCUCAGAUCAAAGGUGCUGUUGACCUUGCACAGUUUUGUGCCACUUUUCCUGUGACUUGACACGCGGCUCUAUCAGGGUCUGAAACGAGAACAAAGACUUUCUACAGUC